AUGGAUCAAAACCAGCGACGUGAAGCAGGAAAAAGAAUUAGUGGAGCUCCAGCACAAGCAGAUGGAGGCAAGAAACAGGCAGUUGGUGUUCCUGUAGCUUCACCCUAUGCUGGAGGGUAUCGCUAUGAUCGGCAAUGCAUAUACCAGCGGCAGCAAGAACAGUUGCAGCAACGGGUAAAAACCUUCUGGGAAAGACAGAUGAAGGAAAUUAAAGAGAGCAGUGAUUUGAAGAACAACUUGCCUCUGUCGAGGAUUAAGAAGAUCAUGAAGUUUGAUGAAGAUGUGAAGAUGGUAUCAAGUGAGGCUACUAUGCUGUUAGGCAAGGCUUGUGAACUGUUCAUAAUGGAGCUCACAAUGAGAUCUUGGGCUCACGUGGAGGAUGACAAAAGGAAGAUAAUUCAGAAGACUGAUGUUGCAUCUGCAAUCUCAAUGAAUGAUAUGUUUGAUUUUCUUGUUGAUGUUGUUCCCAGGGAUGACACUGUCCCAGUCAUGGCGGGACAGCAGGUGCUUCCGGCGCCAAAUCAGAAUGCUCCUUACCCUUAUAUGUCACUUCCACCACCACCACCACCACCGUAUGCUGCUCCGACAACUGCUCCUGGGAAUGCUUCUUCUUCAUCCGCUGCAAAUCCAUUCUAUUUCAACUUCAAUCCCACCCCAGAUGAACAAGGCCCUUCCAAUUCCAAUCAUCAUUGAACACAUAAAAGCUACCAAGUGAAGACAGUGCUGUUUAAGGAUGAUUUUAUGGUCUGUAUCUUCGACUUUAAAUGAA